CGAGUUAUUGGGCCGGCCCAAUGAUAGUUCAGUUUAGGGUUCAAGCUACUACUGGUAGUAUCGACUGUGCCAUCGGUAACUGUCAUCGGCGAUGGCUUCCGCGUUCUGCAAAUCAGCGGCGAGAGUAGCCUCCAGCUCCUUCGCUAAUCGUUCUAGAACCUUCGCUCAGAAACCUUCGGUUCCGCUUCUUUUCUCCUCGCAAGUUCCUCGUGUUUCAAGGAUUUUAUCGGUUGUUGGAAGUGUUGAAUCAUUGAUGCCUCUUCAUAGUGCCAUUGCUGAUGCUAGACUCACUUCUAAUAUCGCCUCUGAUUCCACUUGCUGGAGCUGGCUUUCUCAAGGACUUGAAAAAACAUUGUGACAGACCUGCUGGAUCCAUUCAAGAUGAAAAACUAUUUUUUCCUUGGUCUCACUGUAUGAUGGGAAAAUAACUUCACAAUUGAAAUUUUGGUCACAGUAGUUGUAGUCUGUAUUCUGUGCCAACUGCAGACUUGUAUUAUUCAAUUUCCUUAUUUGCUUAAAAGUUGAUCCAUGUAGCCGACCCCGCUUAGUGGGAUAAGACUUGUUUGUUGUUGUUGCUACUUGAAAAUAUACAAUCAACAUGAUAAUCACACUCAAAUUUUAGCUCUGAA